AUGUCACCAUCCAACCCCCAAGACCUCCCACACUUGAACUUCCGCUCCUUCGUCGAGGCCCUCAAAUCCGAUGGCGACCUCGUCGAAAUCAACGAAGAAUGCGAUCCCAACCUCGAAGUCGGCGCCAUCAUCCGCAAAGUCGCCGAGACUGACGAGCGAGCCCCCCUCUUCAACAAGCUCAAGGGCCAGGACGCCGAUGGCUUCUGGCGCAUCCUCGGCGCGCCAAACUCCCUAAGAUCUGACCCGGCCCAGCGCUUCGGCCGACUGGCGAGGCACCUCGCUCUCCCGCCCACGUCGACCAUGAAGGAGAUUCUCGACAAGAUGGUCGCCGCCAAGAGCGCGCCCCCGAUCCCGCCCGUCGUCGUCGAGUCCGGGUCCUGCAAGGAGAUCCGUCUGACCCCGGAGCAAUUCGACCUCACGAAGCUUCCCGCGCCGAUGCUGCACCAGUCCGACGGCGGAAAGUACAUCCAGACGUACGGCAUGCACGUUGUUCAGUCCCCCGAUGGCAAGUGGACAAACUGGUCUAUUGCCCGCGCCAUGGUAUACGACAGAAACCACCUCGCGGGACUCGUCAUUGAGCCGCAGCACAUCUGGCAGAUGCACCAGAUGUGGAAGAAGGAGGGCAAGGAUAUGCCGUGGGCGCUGGUGUUUGGCGUACCGCCGGCCGCCAUCAUGGCUGCGAGCAUGCCGCUUCCGGGCGGACUGUCCGAGGCGGAGUAUAUCGGGUCCUUGGUCGGGGCACCGUUGGAGGUUGUCAAGUGUGAUACAAACGGGCUGUAUGUUCCUGCCAACUCGGAGAUUGUCUUUGAGGGAGUUUGCUCCGCUACGGAGACAGCACCUGAGGGCCCGUUUGGAGAAAUGCAUGGGUAUGUGGACUUGGCGAAUUCCUCAUAUGUGUUCCCUGGCGAUGCGCACCCGCAGCCGAAAUACAGAGUCGACCUCAUCACCCACCGCAAGGACGCCAUUCUUCCCGUUUCCAACUGCGGUCGGCUGACUGACGAGACGCACACCAUGAUCGGACCGCUGGCCGCCGCCGAGAUCGGGUUCCUCCUCAAGUCCAAGGGUCUGCCUAUCAAGGAGGCCUUCUCCCCCUUUGAGUCGCAAGUCACCUGGGUUGCACUCCAAGUCGACACCGAGAAGCUCCGCGCGAUGAAGACCAACGCCAAGGACUUUUGCCGCUCCAUCGGCGACAUCGUCUUCAACGACAAGGUCGGCUACACUAUCCACCGCCUCGUCAUUGUCGGCGAGGACAUCGACGUGUACGACUUUAAGGACGUCAUCUGGGCCUUCUCCACGCGCUGCCGCCCUGGCUUGGAUGAGCACCACUUUGAGGAGGUCCGUGGCUUCCCGUUGAUUCCGUACAUGUCGCAUGGCAAUGGUGAUAUUCGCACAGGUGGAAAGGUUGUUUCCGAUUGUCUGAUGCCGAGCGAGUAUACCACUGGACGUGAUUGGGAGGCUGCGAGCUUCAAAGAGUCGUACCCGGUCGAAAUCCAGGAGAAGGUGCUGCAACGUUGGGAGUCGUUGGGUUUUACUUCGCAGUAA